AUGAACCAGUACGCUGCGGAUAUUCCGCUCAAGCGGGCGCAGGAGACGUUUGUGGACGCGCCGCGGCUGCUUGACGACGUGGCGCUUGCCGAGUUGGAGUUCGACUUGGCCCACGGCGUCAAGGAUAUCAACGGGCUCCAUGUUUUCCACGCAAUUGCCGUUUUGGAGCAGAUGCUCGAGGAUUUGAUAAUGUUGGGGGAGAAUCCGGCGAAGUUGGCCGAGUUCCGAGCGUUGCAGCUCCAGGAGUACGGUUUUGGCGACGAAUCCAGGGAGAUUGUCGAUUCCAAGGAGAUCGUGGAUUCCACAGAGCCCGAAGUGAAAAAAGCACCGAGGUUUCACGAUGACGAUCUCCCGAGAGCAGACAUCGACGGGGCAGAUGGAAAUUCUGGAAAUUCUGAAAUUCCUCCUGAAAACUCCCCUGAAGCAGCUGACGGCGCCUUUGUGCCCAUAGAACGCCUUGUGGCGACAACUUCGCUUGAAAAAGUGCCCAAUCCCAUCACAACCCAUAGCUUGCUUCGGCUCCGCCGGGAAUUGGCCUUCCACAGAGCGCCGAGCACGCAAACACAGGCUGCUCAUCUUGUUCGAGCCUUCACGUUGGCCAAACCGCCGCCCAUCUCCAUCCGAGAGUUUCUUUUGCGCAUCAACAAGUACAGCCCGUCGGUGUCGGUUUCCGUGUACGUGCACAGCGCCUACUUGCUUUUCAAAUUGAGCGUUUUGCUUGGAGUGGUGACGUUCACCAACCUCAAUGUGUACCGGUUCAUAUUGGCGCUGAUUCGCCUGCUGACAAAGAAAUGUGAGGAUGUUUAUCAGAAACAGAAGAGUUUUGCCAUGGUCGGGGCAUGGCGCUUAAGGAUUUGGGCCGGAUCGAGGUGA